AUGGAGGAUAUUAGGUCGAUUCGUCAGAGACUACAUACCACUAUAGAUCGCCAACGCAAGUUUGAAGUUGGGGACAAGGUACUGUUAAAGAUAGCUCCACUGAGAGGACCUAUGAGGUUCGAGAAAAAGGGCAAGUUGUGCCCUAGGUACAUAGGACCAUUCGAGGUUCUGGAAUGCAUUAGAAAGGUGGCUUACAAAAUAGCCCUUCCGCCCGCGUUCUCUAGAGUUCAUGAUGUAUUCCAUGUGUCAACCUUAAGGAAGUACAUGAACGACCCCACUCAUGUGCUAAGUUACGAUGAACUUAGCAUAGAUCCUCAGCUAAGCUAUGAGCAAAAACCUGGUCGCGAUUUUGGAUCGAAAAGACAAGGUGUUAAGGAACAAGACAAUACCUUUGGUAAAGGUGCAGUGGAGACGGAAGCCGAGAAGCGGGAGCGGUAUCCCAAUCUGUUUUGA